AUGGCUGCGCUCCGUCGUGGCAAGAAUCACGCCAGCGAUCCCCUGACUCCUGUCUUCUUGUACAGCAUCCUGAAACAACUUGAUCUGAAGCCGAUCGACUGGCAAGCAGUUGCCGAUCAGAUCGGUAUUUCCAAUGGACAUGCUGCGAGGAUGCGGUACAGUCGAAUGAAAUCACAACUUGAGGGUAUUCCACCACCACCAAAAGUUAUCAAACCCAAAAAGACAGCGGACACCAAAACAGCGAGCAAAGAUAAGACAGCUGGCAAGCGUCAGCUACUUGCUGAAGAGGAAGAACGGCUAUCCAAAGACAAGGAUUUGGCAGCCGGAACCAUGUCAACUGGUCCCACGGUGUACAGAUCCAAGAGAGCCAAAAUCGAGGACGAUGGGCAUGCUCUUUUGCAUUCUGCCAAGCAAGCCACGAGUAUCAAGCACGAGGCUGGCGUCAGUCAAAAUCCCGUCGCGGCCAGUCCCAAGCAGCCCAAGCCUGAACCACAUCAGUCCAGCAUCAUUGUUAAGCAGGAACCUCGACGAAGCGUCACAGCCGCGGCAUCCCACUCUACCGGUAUCCAUGUCAAGCAAGAACUUGACGAUACUAUCAUUACCUUUCAGCCCUCAGCCUCGCCACAUCCAAUUGUCAAGCAUGAAAUCGAUGUCGGAACAGCGAAAGAAGGGUCUGCCCAUUUUACAGGAAACCAGAUGAAAGGACCAUUGUACGACCAAGUCACUUUCAAAAACAUGGACUUGAAUGCAGCAAGCAAUGACGAGGACGCUUCUCACGAGCCGUGGCCAACCACUAUGAACAACAUGGUUUCUCCGUACAUUCAUAAUGCCAUUCCAGCUCCUGCCAGCUCUCAAAUGAUGGGGUAUGGUCAUUUGCAGGGUCCAUUCCAUCCACCGACUCACUUUGAUGCUGCUGCGAGCGCAGACAUGAAUAUGUGUCCUCCAAUGCGAUAUCCCAUGCGACCAGUGGCUGAUUACUUCGCAACACCGGCAAUGCCACCGUACACAAGCAGCAGUUAUGUGCUCGACCCAAAUGCCAUGUCGUAUCUGGAUAUGCUCAAUAUGCCACUUUACCCUAUCCCAAGUACCAUCUCAGGUCCAGGGAUUGAAGACAUUUCCUGGGCUUCUUCCCGUGUAUCUGAGCUUGAGCCUAGCCACGAGGGAAGGGCCAGUCCCAACAACGUACCUAUCGACCAGAGACCAGAGCAAGGUCAAGGGCAAGAAACAGCAGGUGGCGAACGUGGAAAGGGAACGACUUCAGCUGAAGCAGGCGUUGCAGGUAAAACAAGCACACAAGAUUCUGUGGUCAUGUCUCAAUAUCUGACAUUCACUCCUGAAGUGAUUAAUUUGGAUGAUUGA